CACACCAUACACGCCGUCACAUAAAAUUGCUAUUUUUUUUCUCUCCCAAACUUUUUUUUUUAAAUCUUUUUCUUUCUUUUUCUUUAAUAAUAUGGAUUUCAAAGGAGUGUUUGUGAGCACCAAGGACUUUUCUAAACUCACUGGGUUUUUAAAGAAAAUGGGCGAAAUAUGUUUAAUUACCCUCAAGGACCAUCAUAUCAAGAUGGUUGCCUAUACUGCAGGAACCACCAGUACCUCUGUUUGGGUGAAAGUGGAUCCUGAGGCCAUCUUUGCGAGAUACUUAUUACAAGGUACCAUCAGUCUGCUGGUACAAGCACGUGACCUGCAUCAAAUGGUGUAUGCCGUGUCUCAAAGUAAAAGUACCACGGUUGAACUAAUCCACCACAAUAUCGAGCAGCCUUUUUUACGAUUUACGUCCGAGUCUGAUCAUGCAGAGGAGAUAGGGGAGUUAGACGUGGAUCUUGUGUCUGAACAUCAGGUGCGUCACAUCAAGGAACCUGGUACGGAUAUUCCUGAUGUAUGUUUAACUUUACCACCCAUCAAUUCGCUUGUGAAUUUUGUUACGGCGCAUAGUCGUACGAUUGAGACCAUCAGUCUCUGUGCGAAUAGAACGGGUUACCUGCAAUUGUCCGUCAAAAGUCCCUCUGUGGCUGCUGAAUUAGUCACGAACGGCCUUACCAUACCACCUCUUAGUGUUCGUAUCCCAGACCUUGAGGACCCUACCACCGAAUUCACUGUGCAUGUCAAGUCCAAACAAAUUAAAAAAUUUCUGAAUUGCAAGAUGCUGAACCUGACCGACGUCUUUUUCUCAAUAAAAGACAGAGUUCAGCUCAACUUUUUUGUGUUUUUCAAUUUAGGCAAUGGUGCCAAUAGUGUAUUGACGGUGCAUGUUCCUAUAUUCAUUCAAUAAUAAUAAAAGAAGUCGUCAACUAAAAUAAAGCGGCAUCUUAAAAAAUAUUGACAACAACAAAGCUCCUUUUUUUUUUUUGCCACCCCUUUUUUUUUUUUUCUCUCUUGUCAAUACUUUUUUUUUUUUUUUUGUCAUAAUGUGUAAACACAUUCUUAAUGC